AUGGAGAUGACCGGAUUCCGACAUCAGGUUGGCGGCCACUUUGGGCUGUUCUCCUGCACGGGCCACGUCGCCAAGCCGGUCAACGCGCGCGAGAUGGCAUUUUACGAGCUGCUGCCGGAGAAUUUGAGGAAGUUCGCCCCGGCUUAUUGUGGCCGCGUCUUCGUCUCGGCGACGGCGUCAAGUAGCGGAGAAUUGACCCUGUCGACCCCGUCAAUGUUCGAUUGCCACAAAACCCCUCCGAACAGCCCGUCCACGUCGAAGACGCCGAAGAUGCGGUUUCGGCUGAAAAACGGGAAGGUCCUCGCCGAUGGUGAGGGUAAUGAGAAUACUUUCGCUGGGACGUGCCAGGCCAAAGUUGUGCAUCGACUCAUAAAAAACGGGCCCUCCUGGUUCAUCUUGCUGGAGAAUAUUGUGGAAAACUUCGAGAUGCCGUGCGUGUUGGACCUGAAAAUGGGUACGCGACAACAUGGUGACGACGCACCGGAUCAUAAAAUUGCCGCGCAGAUGCGAAAAUGUGCCGAAAGCACGUCGGCAUUAUUAGGGGUGCGCAUCGUCGGCAUGCAACUUUUUGACCGGCGCUCUGGAGCUGUUAACUUUGUCGACAAGCUUGAAGGCCGAAAAAUCGGGCAGCAACAGUUCUACGAUUACCUCUACCUCUACCUGCGAGCGUGCGGCGAGAAACGCGCCCUCAUCCUGAAGAAAAAGCUGGAAGCGAUGCGCAAGGAGUUGGCCCAGGCAGACGGGUUACGAUUCUUCUCGUCUUCAAUACUCGUGGCGUUUGAUGCGUCGAAUCGCUCGGACAAUAUUCGGGUUCAGAUGAUCGACUUUGCGCACUCGACGUUUCCGGGAUUUUGCCAGGACGCUCUUUAUGACGGCGCUGACGAGGGCUAUUUGCAAGGAGUCGACACGCUAAUUACCCAGGUCGAAUUCUUCCUCGAGUCAUUUCCGGAUACCCCAGAGAGCUGCGCAUCGCGA